AUUACGUUCUUUCUCAAUGCUUUCACCGAGCAGUAUAUAAACGGGCAUUUUAGCAAGAGAGUUUUAUACUCAACCUGAUCACUCAAGAUCUCUGCUUCCAUCUCCCUACUCGACAACAUCAACAUGAUUGCCUUUAAAGUUUUAUUGGCCGUUUCCUGCAUUGCCGGAGUCAUAUCUGUCCCAGUGCGACAAAAGGAAACUGUUCUGCAAGAUGGCAAAGAUCUUCAAACAGCCGAGGGACAUCUUGGCGCUUAUGGUGGUUAUGGAGGACACGGUUAUGGGGCUGGACACGGAGCUGUACACGGAGUUGGAUACGGAACCGUUUACGGCGGCCAUGGCGCCGGCUACGGAGGUUACGGAAUAGGAUACGGUCAUGGACAUGGUGGAUACGGACACGGGCACAGCCAUGGACAUGGAUAUGGCCACGGACAUAACGCAGCCUAUGGACACAACCACGGACAUUCUGGCUACACCAGCAUCAACAAAGUAAUCAGCCAUGGAUCCAGCAGCCACAAUAACGCUCACGCCCACGGGCACGCUCACGGACACAACCACGGACACGCUCACGGACACAACGUGCAUGCUCACGGACAUGCUCACGGACAUGCUCACGGACAUGCUCACGGACAUGGGGGAUACGGCCAUAACGUUCAUGCAUAUUAAAAAAUUACGCAAAACAAUAUUUCGAAUUUACAAUACAAAUUAUAAUAAGCUUCA